GCUUGUAAUACUUACAUAGGAAGUUGAUCAGGUAACCAUUUCCCAGCACGCCCAGCGUUUUCUGCAUUUUCGCCCUUUAUUUCCCCCCAAGGAAGAAGCCCUGGAUCAUCUGCUCCGUCCGUCGAUCCAAUUCGAUUGGAGUUCUGAGCAAACCGAAUUCGAAACCCUUGCAAGGAAUGACUUUCUUACGUUUCGUUUUGCGGAUUUCCCGUUGAUCGACCUCUAGGGCUUCGGCAGUGCAUUUUCAGAUUUCUUCAAUUCCAUGGCUUCGUGGCUCAAAGCCGCCGAAGAUUUAUUUGAAGUUGUAGACCGGAAAGCAAAGCUUGCUGCAGGUGAGAAGACAGAUGAGCAGUCAAAUCUUCCACUGCCAGCUUCUAAUGGACAAGGAUCCCAAGCAAAGAGGACAAGGUCAAAGGCCAAGGCUAAUAAGAGACGUUUCUCUGAUGAAAAUCCUAAAGGAAUUGAUACCUUAUUUGAGCAAAACGGCUCAGAAGCAUCACAAUUAGCUGUGCUACCUGAUAAAGAUAGGGUAACUUUGUCAGUUGAAAAUGAUGGGAUUAGUGCAAGUAAUUCCAAUGCACAAACAAGUAACAAAGAGCUAGGCAAUGUUGAGAAAAGUGGCUUCAUAUCUGGCAGUCCUUUAUCUGAGUCAAUCUUAAAUGAAGAGGUGAAACAUGAUGCUGUUCAUGAGGAAGCACCAGCUGCUGUAACCAGUGUAGAAACAAUUGCUUUAACUUUCAAUGGUGAGCCUAACAAUGAGGAUUCUUCUGAUAUUUCCAAAGGGAUUUCCUCCUCUCAAGAUGAUGCGAAAGGUGUUGAGGUAGGACAUGAAGGUCCACCAGUUGAUUCUGGUGAAAAAAUCAAGGCUGAAGAUGCAGGUACUCCAACAAAAACUGAAGAAGAAGGAUCUCAACCUGUUACUGUGGGUGCACUGGACAAAGUUGAUAUGAAAAUGAAAGAUGUUGAUCUCAAGGUGGAACCUCAUUCUAGUCAGAAGGAGCAAGUGCAUAGAGCUGUUUCUUCUCCUAGAAAAGUACAAGACCAACUUGAUGAGGCUCAAGGACUACUUAAAACUGCAAUAUCUACUGGUCAGUCGAAAGAGGCAAGGUUAGCUCGGGUUUGUGCUGGACUUUCUUCACGUCUUCAAGAGUACAAAUCUGAAAAUGCACAGUUAGAGGAGCUUCUCGUUGCAGAGAGAGAGCUCAGUAAAUCCUAUGAAGUUCGCAUGAAGCAGCUACAGAAAGAUAUAUCUGCAGCCAAAAGUGAAGUAACCAAAGUGGAGUCAAAUAUGUCUGAAGCUUUGGCUGCAAAGAACUCUGAAAUUGAGGCACUUGUCAGUUCUAUGGAUGCACUUAAAAAGCAGGCUGCUUUAUCAGAAGGAAAUCUGGCAUCACUGCAGGCAAACAUGGAGUCAAUAAUGAGAAAUAGGGAGCUGACUGAAACAAGGAUGAUGCAAGCUCUAAGGGAGGAGUUGGCUUCUGCAGAACGCAGAGCGGAAGAAGAGCGUGCUGCACAUAAUGCAACAAAAAUGGCUGCCAUGGAGAGGGAGGUAGACUUGGAGCACCGAGCUAUGGAGGCAUCCACUGCUCUAGCUAGGAUCCAGAGAACAGCAGAUGAAAGAACAGCGAAGGUGGCAGAACUUGAGCAGAAAGUGGUGCUGCUUGAGGUUGAAUGCACAUCCUUAAAUCAAGAGCUGCAAGAUAUGGAAGACCGUGCUCGUCGUGGACAAAAGAAGUCUUCUGAAGAGCCUCAUCAAAUGAUUCAGAUGCAGGCAUGGCAGGAAGAAGUGGAACGAGCCCGGCAAGGUCAGAGAGAUGCUGAGAGCAAGCUCUCUUCUUUAGAGGCUGAAGUGCAAAAAAUGAGAGUUGAAAUGGCUGCCAUGAAGAGAGAUUCUGAGCAUUAUUCACGUCAAGAGCAUAUGGAGCUGGAGAAACGAUACCGGGAACUAACUGAUCUGUUGUAUUAUAAGCAAACACAAUUGGAAGCCAUGGCUAGUGAAAAAGCUGCUGCAGAAUUUCAGUUAGAGAAAGAGAUGAAACGCCUUCAAGAAGUUCAGGUAGAAGCAGAGAGAAGCAGAUUUUCUCGUCGAGCAUCAUCUUCUUGGGAAGAAGACACCGACAUGAAAGCACUUGAGCCUCUACCCUUGCAUCACCGCCAUAUGGUUGGGGCGAGCAUACAGUUGCAGAAGGCAGCAAAACUUUUAGAUUCUGGAGCUGUCAGGGCCACUAGAUUUUUGUGGCGAUAUCCAACUGCUCGACUCCUACUACUUUUCUAUUUGGUAUUUGUGCAUCUUUUCCUGAUGUAUCUGCUACACCGACUUCAGGAGCAAGCUGAUUCUUUUGCCUCUAGAGAAGUUGCGGAAUCCAUGGGACUUGGCAACCAAGCUUUGCCGUGAUAAGUGACUCUACUUAAGGCCAUUCACAGGAAAUGCUGCCUUGCUGUUUGUGGCCACGACAUUUUUUCGUUCAUCUAGACCCAAUAUUGGGCACCCCAGUCACGAACUGUGAAGGAUGGGAAACUGGGUCUUUCUGUUCAGUACCCGUACGCACCAUCGGUGAAGGUCUGCAUGGCGCCAACUGGCUGGACAAGUAGUCUUUUUGGUGAAUUGAUUACUCGACGAAAAGUAAGGCAGUUUAUACAACGCAGCAAUGGCAGCGUAAAUGCUGGCAUAUUCUCUAUUAAGUGUUGUGUUUUUGUCACAAUAUGCUCCUCAUUUUGAAUGUGGAAAAAGUAUCAGGCAUGAAUCGGGGCACCCUUCUUGUGGGCAAUAACACAGUGAACGUAGUGUUCUGUUCUUUCUGGUUUGUUUUUUCGUUUGUUUGGUCGAAUGGCCAUUAACAACACCGAGAAGUCUUCAUAUAUAUUGGCGUUGCCAAAUUUACUUGUAAAUGUGAUUGGAAUUAGAAUUGAUGAAAUAAAUGUGAAUGUUUUACGACUAA